AUGCAGGGCUCGAACACCACGACGCUGUCCGCGAGCGAGUACUUGCAGCAGCGCUACGACGCGAAGGAAACCGACAGCGACUUGACGCCCGCGCUGCUGACGCCCAGCGCGCAGCUGCAGGACGGCGACCACGUGGUGCUGUUCAACCACAACACGUCGAGCAACUACAUUCUGAAAUCGGUGUUCAGUCUGUGCGACACGUCGCUGACGCUCGACGACAACGCUAAGACCAUCCUCAAGAACCUCGCGUUCCUCAGCACCGCGGUGAAGCCGAACAUCCACCUCGCGAUGCUCAUCGCGAUGGACUCGAUGCCCUGUCCGUUCCUGUUCGCGUCCGACGUGCUGCGGCCCGCGUUCAGCAGCGCGCUGAGCGAGGCGGGGAAGAGACAGCUGUUCGUGAUGGAGGACAACACGGCGAAGCUCUUCCAGCUGCUGCAGAGCGAGGAGAAGGGGAAGGGCGUGAGCGACGUGGUGCGGAUCAACAAUCUCAUCAAGAAGAAGAAGAUGACCGACGAUUUGGCGCUGCAGCACAUGCAGGGCGUGGCCAGCAUGGCGUGCAUGGCGAUGGCGGCGCAGCGCUACGACGCCGUGUAUCUCAGCUUCGCGGGAGCGAUCGUCGCGGCGCUGAAGCAGAGCGAGAUGCUGACGACGGUGAUGUGCAUGGAGAUCGAUCGUCUGCUGAAGCAGGUCUGCGAGGCCGCGACGCAGCACGGCUACGCCGUGGUGAUUGUGGGCACCGAUGGGCUGGCGACGCGCGUGCCGCAGCGAGAGGAGGUCGCGUUCCCGGUGGUGAAAGUGCCGUGCGUGGUGGUGCCGGCGCGGGGCGAGGCGCUGGAGAAGGAGGAUUGUGGGAGAGAGAGGGAAGGGAGUGAGGUGUAG